AUGAGGGUGCAAAGUAUGUUGUUGUCCAAGGUGUGCUUGCCAUUGGAUAUGACCUUAGCUCCCGAAGAUGACAGAGACGGUAUAGGAUGUGUGAAGAGUGCAAACAACCAAACCUAUGGCCAUAACCUUGUCCUCCAAGCCAAGUUGCAACAACUCAGGACACAGUUUCCACAUGCUGUCAUCACCUAUGCUGAUUACUGGAAUGCAUAUUUCACAGUCAUGAAGAAUCCAAACCAGUAUGGUGACCCCUACAACUUUGAGGUGUUUGCCGUGUGUGGCACGCCGUCUGCUAGUGCCUGUCCAAGCCCUUCCCAGUACAUAAACUGGGAUGGAGUUCAUCUCACUGAAGCCAUGUACAAGGUGCUUACUGAUAUGUUCCUCAAUGGCAAGGCCACUCACCCUUCCUUCAGUUACUUGUUGGACAUGAAACUGCGUCGCGAAUGA